UCAGUUUUGCAAGCUAUAGAAGACUUUUUAUCUCAACAACCAAAGGUAACAGGUGACACUAGUGGCCCUAUAUUGGGCCCACAUCUUCGUUCCCUGCUGGACAAUGCAAGAAAGAUUAAGGGAGCAAUGGGGGAUUCUUUUUUGUCUGUUGAGCAUCUAUUAUUAGCACUUCUGUCGGAUUAUAGGUUUGGACAGCAGCUGUUCAGGAAAUUGCAGCUCAAUGAGAAGGCUUUAAAAGAUGCUGUUCAAGCUGUUCGUGGAAGUCAGAGAGUGACUGAUCAAAAUCCUGAAGGUAAAUAUCAGGCACUUGAGAAGUACGGAAAUGACUUGACAGAACUCGCUAGGCGUGGUAAACUUGAUCCUGUUAUUGGCCGAGAUGAUGAAAUCCGUCGGUGCAUCCAGAUAUUGUGCCGGAGGACAAAGAACAACCCUGUUAUUAUUGGUGAACCAGGCGUGGGGAAAACUGCAAUUGCUGAGGGUUUAGCUCAACGAAUCGUCCGUGGGGAUGUUCCUGAGCCUCUCGUAAAUCGGAAGUUGAUCUCCCUAGAUAUGGGUUCAUUGCUUGCUGGUGCUAAGUAUCGGGGAGAGUUUGAGGAAAGGCUAAAAGCUGUGUUGAAGGAGGUCACAUCUUCAAAUGGGCAGAUAAUUUUAUUCAUAGAUGAGAUCCAUACUGUCGUUGGUGCAGGGGCAACUGGUGGAGCAAUGGAUGCUGGAAACUUGUUGAAACCAAUGCUUGGCCGAGGAGAGCUCCGAUGUAUUGGUGCAACCACCUUGACUGAGUAUAGGAAGUACAUUGAGAAGGACCCUGCUCUAGAACGUAGAUUUCAACAAGUAUUUUGUGACCAGCCAUAUGUAGAAGACACAAUAUCCAUCCUACGGGGGUUGCGUGAACGUUAUGAGCUGCACCAUGGGGUAAAGAUUUCAGACAGUGCCCUCGUUGCAGCUGCAGUUCUUGCUGACCGAUACAUCACAGGGCGUUUUUUGCCUGACAAAGCCAUCGAUCUUGUUGAUGAAGCUGCUGCAAAGUUGAAAAUGGAGAUUACUUCUAAGCCUACCAACUUAGAUGAGAUUGACAGGGCUAUUCUAAAGCUGGAGAUGGAGAAACUCUCUCUAAAAAAUGACACUGAUAAAGCAUCCAAAGAAAGGUUAGCCAAGCUGGAAAAUGAUUUACAGUCGCUUAAGCAGAAACAGAAAGAAUUAACUGAACAAUGGGAAAGCGAGAAAGCUCUUAUGACUCGAAUCCGGUCAAUUAAAGAGGAGAUCGACAGAGUCAAGCUAGAGAUGGAAGCUGCUGAGCGUGAGUAUGACCUAAACCGUGCUGCUGAGCUCAAAUAUGGAACACUAAUUUCCCUUCAACGUCAGCUAGAAGAAGCUGAGAAGAAACUUGCUGAAUACCGGAAAUCUGGAAAAUCUUUGCUUCGAGAAGAAGUCACCGAUCUUGAUAUUGCUGAAAUUGUAAGCAAAUGGACUGGCAUACCUCUAUCCAACCUUCAGCAGUCAGAGAGGGACAAGCUUGUCAUGCUUGAACAGGUUCUUCACAAAAGGGUUGUUGGUCAGAAUAUGGCAGUGAAGGCAGUCGCUGAUGCAAUCCGACGUUCAAGGGCUGGCCUGUCUGACCCAAAUAGACCUAUUGCAAGCUUCAUGUUCAUGGGGCCUACCGGUGUUGGUAAAACUGAGCUUGCAAAGGCCCUAGCUGAAUACCUAUUCAACACAGAAAAGGCUCUUGUGAGGAUUGAUAUGAGCGAGUACAUGGAGAAACAUGCUGUUUCACGAUUGGUUGGUGCACCACCUGGGUAUAUUGGUUAUGAAGAAGGUGGGCAACUGACUGAAGCGGUCCGUCGUAGGCCUUAUUCUGUUGUGCUCUUUGAUGAAAUCGAGAAGGCGCAUCAUGAUGUUUUCAACAUUCUCUUACAGUUGUUGGAUGAUGGAAGAAUAACCGAUUCUCUAGGAAGGACUGUUAGUUUCACGAACACUGUUAUCAUUAUGACAUCUAAUAUUGGUUCCCUCUACAUCCUUGAAACUCUUAAAAAUACAGAGGACAGCAAGGAAGUGGUUUACGAGAUAAUGAAAAAACAGGUUAUUGAGUUGGCUAGACAAACUUUCCGGCCAGAGUUCAUGAAUCGAGUUGAUGAGUACAUUGUCUUCCAACCACUAGAUUCCAAAGAAAUCAGAAAAAUUGUUGGGAUUCAGAUGGAUCGUGUGAAGGAGAGGCUCAAACAAAAGAAGAUUGAUCUUCACUACACAGAAGCAGCUGUUGAUCUCUUAGCAACUCUGGGCUUUGAUCCUAACUUUGGAGCAAGGCCUGUGAAGAGGGUGAUACAACAGUUGGUUGAGAAUGAACUUGCAACGACACUCUUACGCGGAGAUUUCAAGGAGGAAGACUCGGUCAUCAUUGAUGCUGAUGUAUCGACCAAUGACCGACCUCCCCAUAAGAGAUUGAUCAUCAAGAAGCUGGGGAGUACUUCUGAUAUGGGUGCCAUGGUUGUCAAUGACUGAUAUUACCUGUGAGAGAUGUAAAGGCUGGAAUUUUGGUAGUUAUAUGUCGAGUAUGGCUCAAAUGAUGUAUUAUCUGUAGUUAUUCCGUUGUGUCCCACUUGGUUAGAUCUUUGUUUAUGUUGGUAUUUAUCUGGGUAUAUAUGAUGGAAAGCCUUCUUUUCUUCUCACACUUUUGGUAAAUUUGAGAUGGCAAGACGUCCAAGACUUAAUGUUUCGGGAAGCAACUAGACACUGUUUUUUUGUUGUUAAAAGCCUAGUUUGGAAGUGGAUUUCUUGAAUGGAUGUCAGCUGCAUUUUCAUUG